AUGGACGCGGCGCACCGAGCUGCGCUUCUCACCGCCUCCUGCCUCAGGACACCCGUGAACCCGCGCACCAGGGCGCCGCUGGCUCUGUACGAGCGGGAGAGGCGCCCGCCGGCCGCCGUGGAGCAGCAGGAUGAUUUUGACUUGGACUGUAAUACUGAGAGACAGCAAAGCCCCACUGUAAGUGGGGACUGUGAGGACUGGAUAGACUUUCCCAAAAUGUGCCACUCAAAUCAGGAAUAUUACUUGAAGCUGGAAGAGCUGAAGAAUGCCCACCUGGAGACAAUGGCAAAACUGGAAAACAUGUAUCAGAAUAAGCUGCAUUUGAAAGGAGUACAGCCCCUGGACAAUAAGGAUGCUGCUCCCAGUUUGUGUUAUAGAUCAAUAUGGGAUAAGAGCUCAUUUCGGCCUCUGAAUUUGCAUAAAUCUUUUUCUGAGCCUGACUUAAAUAAUCUGUCCUAUUCAAGUUUGUCUGAUGGGUCUGAUGCAGAAUUAGAGUUGGAAGAAGAAAAUGGUAGUGAAACUGGGUCACUGACAUUUGCUAAGGAGCAGAUCGAAAAAAUGUGGGAUGGGUUUUCUGUGGACGACUAUGUCUAUCACACUAAACGUAGCUUACCAAAUUCACCAACAUUCAAAAUGAUGGGGAAGAAGCAGAAAGAGUGGUCACCAAAGGUCACUGUGCCUAAGCCUUUCCAGAUGACUAUUCGAGAAGCUAAGAAAAAACAACAGAAUGUCAAAUCAAAGUCACAGAUAGAAAUGGAAAAUAAUUUAUUGAAGAAACAACUAGAGGAAGAAGCAGAGUGUCAAAAGAAAUUCAGAGCCAAUCCUGUGCCUGCUUCCGUCUUCCUUCCGCUCUAUCAUGAAAUAAUGGAAAGAAAUGAAGAACGCAGGAAGUUUGUGAAAGAGAGAAGCAAAGAUAUUCUUUUGGCCUCUCAGAGACCAUUUCAGUUUAUCAGGAGGGAGGAGCAAAGGAAAGAAAUUAGGAAAAUGCAAUUAAAAGACCUUUCAUUGCCUGAAAAGAAAACAAAAUUAUUCCAAGCAAAACCUGUCCCUAAAUCUGUUUACAGUCCAGCCAUUAAUGAUAAGUUAAAAGAAGAAGAGCUUUAUAGAGAAAUUAGGAUCCAAAUGAGAGCUGAAGAGUUGCUACGUAAUUCUUCUCUUCCCAACAGCAGACUGGCUAGUAGAACUAUCAAUAAACAGAGGAAACAAAAGUGCAAUCAACAGAAAGAAGAACUGGAGCAUAAACCAAGGAUCAAAUCUAGGGUUCCAGACUUUGAAACACUGCACCAAAAAUUCCAGAAUAGGCUCCUGAAACAGAAACAUGUGAAACACAUCACAGUUUGUGAACCCUUCAAUCUUCGUACUCCACGUAUCCCAUCCAACAAAAGGAAGAUUCUGCAGGACAUUCAAGCAGAUGAAGAAACAUUAAAAGAAACACGCUGGCCAUACACCUCUCCAAGAUGCAAACCUCGAAUGAGGUGUUCAAGUGCAAGUUCAUCUCCCUUGGGACGUGAGCAAUCUGAAUCUCCAAGAAUCACAGAGUCUACCAAAAGACGAAUACAAGCUAUAAGGAAAUCACUUGAGGAAAAGAGAAAGCUGGAAGAAGAGCAAAAAAGGAUCAGAGCAAAGCAGAAACAAAGAGUGAAAAAACUGCAAAAACUUAUAACAACCCGGGCUGAGGCCAAUGACCCACAUCAGAGCCUAGCUCGGAUGUCUAAAUCCAAAUUAAAAAUGAUCAGGAAACAUGAGAAGCAAAGAAUGCAAGAGUAUCUGCAGGAGCGGGAAGAAAUGGAAGAAAGAGUAAACCAGAGGCCAUUGCUUUUGGAAAGAGCCACUCAGAAAAAUGCCAGAAUAGCAGCAGAAAAGCAUUACUCUGAUAUACUGAGAGAACUGGGGAUUUGUGAGGACUUCCUUUCAAAAAAAAGUCAAACUGCUAAAUUGCUGGACCAGCCCAAUGCUAAAGGCUUUGGAAGCUGCACUGAAGACAGAGAAAGUCUUAAUGAAGAUAAAGUUCAAGAAAGAGAAUCCUGUGAUGGGCAGAAGGCAAAUCCUCACUCUGACCAAUCUUGUGGGGAGGCGGAAGAGGAGAAAGCAAGCUCACAGUCUGACCAAUCCUGUGAGGAGGAGGAGGAAGAGGAGAAGGCAAGCUCACAGUCUGACCAAUCCUGUGAGGAGGAGGAGGAAGAGGAGAAGGCAAGCUCACAGUCUGACCAAUCCUGUGAGGAGGAGGAGGAAGAGGAGAAGGCAAGCGCUCAGUCUGACCAAUCCUGUGAGGAGGAGGAGGAAGAGGAGAAGGCAAGCUCUCAGUGA